UCGGAUGAGGCGUAUGUCGAGAUUUUCAUGCGCAACGUAACGUGUUCCCGCAGCGAGCCGAAAACUGUCAAAAAUCGCAAAAUGUGUCGUUGAACUGACGUUCGACCGCCGAUAGAAUGUGAUGGGGGCAGGUGGUGAUGCCAUAACGGACAGAACGUGUGUUUUGGCGCGGAUCGCAGUGCCCUUUGCCGACGGUUUGUUUUAUUUUUGUUUACGUUUGUAACUUGAUUGUUGACGGAUUUAAAACUGAGUUGGGAUAGUGCAAUAGUUGUGUUGCGUCUGAAUUGUUUUGCAAUGUGUAUAUGUAUAUAAUGAGUUGUUCUGAAGUUAUGUACCAAGCGUAUUAUCCUUACUUGUACCAAAGGGCCGGAGCAGCGCCGCCAGUGUCGGCCCAUCCAGUGCCAAGAACUGGACCUUUUAGUUCUCCUUUUGGAGCAGCCCAUCAAUAUGAUAGGUUUAAUGUACAGAGGCUUCAAGACGCCCAUUCCCUCUCCCAGCCAAGUUCUAGUGGAACGGUUAGCGCUAGUGUCGGAGGGUUGGGGGACUCACACUCGGUUUCGGGACAUGGUCUUUACCUUCAGGGCUCGGCACAUAGUUCAGGAGGGUCCGUUAGUUCGACAGGGGGCGCUUCGCCUACGAGCCCCCUCAGACCGGGUAAGGAAGAAGAUUGCAGUUUGCACGGCAGGAGUAGUACGGAAGAUCCUCAGCAUGGCGUGGAUGAUGAUGAUUCUCAAGAUGCUGGAAAUUCUCGUGCUCAAUACGUUUCGGCAAACUGUGUUGUUUUUACCCAUUAUCAGGGCGAUGCGGCUUCUGUAGUGGACGAACAUUUUUCUAGAGCUUUGGAUAAAACGUCGGCGCAUACAAAAGGAAGCUCUCCUAUGUCUGCCCGCAACUUCCCCCCUUCCUUCUGGGAUAGUCAACACUACAGCGGCGCCAGUGGCGGAGGUCCAGGGCACCACGGGGCGUCGGCUGCUGAUCUCUAUUCGGAGCAUUACCACCCGGGGGACGCGUGGUACCAGUACAGUCAGCACCACAGAGCCGUGCACGAUUAUCAUCACCACAAUAUGGCCGCCCAAUAUGGCGGCCUACUGCUUCCGGGAUCCAGGUUGCACAUGGGUUCGCAUGCGCCUUGUAAAGCGAUGGAUUGGCAACAUCCGUCGAUAGACUCACCGUACUCUUCUUAUCCUACCAUGUCAGGUUUAGAAGCGCAAGUCCAGGAUUCCUCCAAGGAUCUGUACUGGUUCUGAAAACUAAAGACAAUCAGCUUUAGUUAAGUGAAACGUGAUUCUAAGUGUAAUAUAAAAAGUACAAACUCUACUAUUUAAAACUAAGUUUUUUCUCACAGACAGUUAUACAUAUUUUAAACGUUUAUUUCAAAUAAAUGUUCCUUAUUAAAUCAGAUCAUUG